AUGGCGGGCAGGGACCCAGAUCCACCGGAUGACAGAGGUUCUAUCCCAGCAUGGAUGGCAAACAACGAAAAUGAUGGUGUUCUACGCAUAAUGCUCCUACGAAUGGUCUCUGAUAAAGAUGACGAUCGACCAACUCUCCCACAAAAUCCUUUCUUGAUUUCACGAUCUGUCGACGCUAUUGUCGGAUACGGAAACCGUCAUCUGGUAUCUGCUGUGAAGGAAGCAAACGGUAGCCGUUAUGUCUUGCGGACACAGUCACCGGAAGUGUAUACCAAACUGCUAAGAAUGACUCAGCUCGUGGAUACUGACCGAACUCCUGUUGAAGUAAUUGACCACCCAACAUACAGCUUCACAAAAGGUGUUGUCUACGAGCCAGAUACCAAAGACUGGAAUGAAAGCGCCCUUUUAGAAGAACUUAGCCGAGAAGGAGUCACAGCUGUCAAAAGAAUCACAACAAAGGAUAAGAAAACCGGAACUACAAAAAACACACCCCUCCUUAUUCUCACGUUCAAGGGAACUAUAAGACCGAAACACAUUCAUUUUGGAAUGUUAAGGAUCAAUGUUCGGACAUACUACCCUUCCGUGCUACAGUGCCGCAGCUGUGCUGCCUACGGUCACACUCGUAAGCACUGUUCCAGCGAGGCGGUGUGUAUGAACUGUUCGCAAAAACACAAUCUAGACGACGACACGGACUGCCCGAACCCAGCACACUGCUACCAUUGUAAUGGAGCCCACUCACCGAUCAGCAAAAGCUGUCCGGUCUUCCGGAAGGAGGAAGCAGUGGUUCGAGUCAAGAUAGACAAAAACGUGACGUACCGUGAAGCCCGCAACGAAGUCGAAGGAACUACUUUCCAAAAGAGCUAUUCGAGCCAACUCCAGCUAAGGCUUAACGAACACUCCGAUAAAGACCGGGAAAUCCAAUUGCUUCACAAAGAGGUUGAAAAUCUCCGAAAUCAGUUAAAAGACUUUGCCCUCCUGAAAUCCCAAUUGGAAGCAUUGCAAACAGUACAUCAAGCUGCCUUAAAAUCGAACCAACAACUCGAAAAAAUUAACUCUGGAGCUAAAACAAGUAUUGACUUAACUGAAUCACCUUUGAAAGCUAGGAUAUCCCGCAAGGACUCUGGAAAAAAAACACUCCCAACUAAUCGAUCCAGCUCGCAGAACACCAAACAAAUCGAAAAUCAAACUAUCCCAAGUUCCCAAAAGUUUCCAGAUCGUAGCAUCAGCAGGAAACGGACUAUGCAAACCUCCCCUAUAACUGAACAAGACAAGGCACCAAAGAAAACCCAUCAAGAUAGUCCGGAAGAAGAUAUUCGCAUGCGGAACUCUGGAAGGUUCUUCUCAGACGACGACAAUGACGACUGA